UAUCAGCAUACAACGUCUCUACGAGUGCUCGAGUGGCUUAUCAGUGAUGCUGCGAUCAUUCCUUCUGGCCUUACAGAGGAAAUGUAAUCAGACUCAGAGUGGAAGGAUCGGAAAUCGUACACAGGGAGCUGCUCUUUAGCUAAAAUGACUUUCAACCGGUUAUUAUCACGUGCUGUUUUUGUCAGCAGAGGUAAGUUAACAACAGUAUGUUAGUCUGGUCAUGGUUUUGGUUUUGCAAGACUCUAGCGUUAUCCUGCUGUUAACAGUCAGGGCGGUGUGUUUAUCCUGAAAUCUGACCUUAGCUUAGCAUUUACUGUAUGUAACCCUGUUGUCAGAAAUACGGUUUUGGGAUAGUUCUUUAACAGCUGAUGCACUCAAAAAACUAUAAAUACAUAACCCGUUGUAAGUAUUUGCUUGUACUGUAUACAUAAUACUUAUUUAAUAUAGUUUUAUCAGCCAUUCUUGUAUUAGACUUGUAGGUGUAUUCCUCACGCUAAACUUCAUUGACGAAUCAUAAAUUAAAUGUUGCUCUGGUUUUUAAGGGUCCCACAUUUAAGAGAAUUCGGAAUUAAUAAAUAAGUCUGAAUGGAUUCUCCUCUUCAAUUCGUCUUGUUUCAAAUAACCACAAAGUGUACAGAUACAUCCAAAACCUUUCCUCACACUGGAGCAUUGGGACGUUUCUGAAUAUGUUUUCACAUCUUAAACUGAUCAUAAUGUAAGUGGAAUUUUGACUGUCUAAAGAAGCGAAAUACAUUUAAACCUCUCAGGCCAAGGUUUGAAGAGUGUCACUCUCCUCAUAUGUUACUGAUAGUUCCCUGUUUCUAUUUUAGCUCAGUACUGAUUUAUCGUUGAACCUAAAGCAGAACAUCUCUGAUAUUUGUUUGAUAUUUUUCAGUUGGAUCGAGGUCUGCAUUCACAAGCUCCAAACCUGACCUCACCAAACCGAACUGGCUGAGAGUGGGUCUUGCUUUUGGGUCCACCGCUUUCCUCUGGGGCCUGGUAAAUAACCACAUCUUUUCACAGAACAAUUAAAUGGCAUGUUAUGUCUAAUGGGAAUGUGCUGGAGUCAAGAUUUGAUUUUAAAAAAAAAGAAAAAAAAAACGCAAUGUUGUGCUCACAAUGCAAUUUCCUCAUUUUUGAAGAGACUUUGAAAAGGUCAAAUUAAGAAUACAUGUCAUAUUCUUAUUGUUCCCUGAAUACAGAAAUGCAGAAUAUGUUCUGAUUUAUGUUUUCUUCAUAAAUUAAGUUAAUCCUUUUCCAUUUUUAGGAUAUAUGGUUACAGAAAAUAACAUUUCUUCAUUAAAAAUGUCUCUGAUUAUUGGUAUCAGACCUUUUGUAAAAGUAGAAAGACUGACAGAAAAUACCAGAAAAUCUCCCACUUAAAGUUGCAGGCUGUGUUUCUGGGAUGACAGGAUAGAGAGAUUUUCAAAGGCUAUGAAUUUCCACAACACUAUGACUGUCUCUUGUGUCACCUAAUGUCAGGUUUCACUCAACUUUUUCACGAGUUUGAUCAGAUGAACUAUUAAUAACUAGUAGAGAUUUGUGUUUAGUUGACUAAACAAAUAGAAGUCGUUACCCUUGUUAGUUGGCACCAAAUUUACAAAUUUAGUGAAACAAAUUCUCAGUUUACCUUUUUCAAAUUUUUAAAGGGAAAAUUUAAAAACUGCUUCCCUUACAGCAUCUCAGAACUUUUUUGUUAUUGUCAUAUAGCUUUCAGAGAGCUGUCGUUUAAUUCUGUAUGAAAAUGAAACAUGUUUUCAGUAAGAUGUGGCAAACAUGAGUUAAAACAAAUGCUGGAAAAUAACUUUGGAAAAAAGCCAUGAACAACAAGCAUUUCCAUCCUCAACAUUUCUUUAAAAGGAAAUACAUGGAAAUUAUUGAACAAAAAAAUUGUUUAAACAUAUUGAAAACUGGUUGAAAUUAGGAGUUGGAUGUCCAUACUUGUUUUUAUAUAGUGUUUAACCUGUCAAGAAAUGUAAUGUUUGAAAUGGAAAACGCCAAGGGAUAUUCAAGGGAGUCAUGACUUUUAUUGCUUGGUUCACUUGCUGCAAAGUUAUUUGGCUUAUUUCACCCAGAGGAGGGCAGCAGUGAGCUUCUUAUUUUCUCUUGUCUUAUUCCUAGUGAUGCCAUUGUAAAGGUGAUGCGAACACUUAAAGGAUCCUGUAGGAAUCUUUUAAAACAAAGAAAUGGUCAAUAUUAAAUAGAUCCAUGAGAUAUUAAUGAAUUAUAGAUUUUGAUGGGAUGUAAUAUGUAGACUCUUCAGAUGUACACAUUUGAAUGACUAAGUGUGUCUGUGUUUUACCUUCAGCUCUUCAAGCAGCACAGCACAGACGUACAUGAAUACAAAGUGAGGAAUGGUCUGGAAUAACCCACCACAGCGGUAUGUCAGAGUCUGUGUUUUGUUAUCCUAGGUCCUGACUCUUUUGUCACCUGAUAGUGUUUCUGGUCUUCUUUUAUUUUGAAUAUUUCAUGUGUAUCUGUGAAUGAAUGAACAAUCAUAAAAAACAUUUUUCUCUGUCUUUUCUCAUCCUGUACAGGAGGUCACGGGUUCCUGUCUGUGAAGGCACCUGUUUAUGCUCUGUUUCUAUUUUCACCCCCUCUGAUUCCCACUCUGUGUUCUGUGUAAAAUAAAAAUUGUCAUGAAAAUUAUA